AUGGCUCGAAUAGGGCUUCGAGGCAGACGAGCACCUGUGUAUGGCGGUAGUGUAGCUAAAAUGAGGGGAGACAAGAAGGUGAUCAUGUGCUCACCUAUCUUGUUGGACACCUCUCAAUCCGCGAAGCAUGCGUCCGGGGAGACAGUUGCCAGAGUAAAGGAAGCUUCGAAAGGAUUGGUGGACUUAGACAAACUUUGGAAUAGUACUCAGCGCUACGAACCGAUCUUCGUCCUGCGACAGCUUGAAGACUUUCCGUCGACCAGAAUAGACCUUGCGAUCGAUGACUCAAUAAUGGAUGCAGGUUCUGUUCAUGUGAGGCUGUGA